CCGAAGCUUCAUUUAACUACAGUCACGUGAUAUGGGUACUUCGAAUCACACUUCGGAGCAGUGUUUCGAAACAUCUACGCUUCGGGAUCUCGACACAGCGUUGAAACGUCAGUUUCGCGUCGGCCAUCCCUACCGGAGAGACAGCGCGAGCAAUCUCACAGAACCAAGCAGCCAUGGAUAAGAGCCAACAUGUGCAGAGGGCUAAACUGGCAGAGCAGGCCGAACGCUACGAUGAUAUGGCCGCUUCCAUGAAGAAGGUGACCGAGCUUGGAGAAGAGCUAAGUGAUGAGGAGAGGAACCUGCUGUCUGUGGCCUACAAGAACGUGGUGGGUGCCCGUCGGUCUGCCUGGAGGGUCGUGUCCAGCAUUGAGCAGAAGACGGAGGACACCGACAAACAGCACAUGGCUGAAGAGUACCGGAAAAAGAUCGAGACUGAGCUGAAGACCAUCUGCAAAGAUGUUCUGCAUCUGCUGGACAAGUUUCUGAUCCGCACCAGUUCUCCGGCAGAGAGCCAGGUGUUUUACCUGAAGAUGAAGGGAGAUUAUUACCGCUACCUGGCUGAGGUCGCCACAGGAGAUGAGAAAACCUCCAUCAUCCAGAAGUCUCAGGAAGGCUACCAGGCUGCCUUUGACAUCAGUAAAGAUAAUAUGCAGCCUACUCAUCCCAUCCGCCUAGGCCUGGCUCUCAACUUUUCUGUCUUCUACUACGAGAUCCAAAACUCACCCGAGCAGGCCUGUGAACUGGCCAAGAAGGCUUUUGAUGAUGCCAUUGCUGAGCUGGACCAGUUAACCGAAGACUCGUACAAAGACAGCACACUGAUCAUGCAGCUACUUCGAGACAAUCUGACACUGUGGACCUCUGACAAUCAAGCCGACGGCGAUGAGACAGAGGAGGCACAGAAUAACUAAAGCCAACUCGACUAUGAAACUUUUCAGUCAGCACAGCGAGAAACUAUGCUGACGCUUCUACAGUUCCAGCUUCAUGCUCACCAGCCCGUCAUUUAUGUGUUUUUUUGGAUAUGCGAGUGUGAAGGAAAGACUGUUUGAUGGCUGUGUAUGUGUGUGUUUGUUUGGGGGGAGGGGGGCAAACAACAGCUGUUUGUCUACAAUAGUUUGUUAAUUCGGUGGAGUGGAGACGACGUUGUUUGUUGGUUUUAUGUGUGCCCGUGCAUAUGGCCGUUGGGGUGCUUUAGCGCCCCAUAUGCAAGUCACCAUUAAGCCAACAACGUCAUUUGAACUUUGAUUGCAUACGAGUGAGAGAGAGCGAGAAUGAAACCUUUUCUGAGAGUUUGCUAGGGGAGCAUUUAGUGAUUGGGUUUCUUGUGGCUUUGACUGAAUUCUUUAUUUUCCUAAAUAAUCAUGGGAAAUCAACCAAAAGUAUGAUUGACGCAUUUGGAUCGUGGAAGAUAUUCCACUUGUCUAACUGUCAAAUGUUCGAUUUCUCAUUGGUGAUACCGUACACUCUCCUAUUGUCAACCACAGACCUAAGAUUUAAAAAGACUUGACACAUGGCUUAUACUGUAACUUUGAUAUACACGUCUUGCAACGAAAACAGUAAGUCGUGCUUUUCGUGUGCUUAUCUGAUUAAUACUGUUUUCUAUUAGGAUUUUUUUGUUUUGUACUACUUAGUUUGGUUUUAGUUUGUUUUGUUUACUCUUUUGAUACUUGCCUAAAAUGCAUGUGGCUUUAGUUAAUCAGGGUGACUGGAAUAGAAACUGUCUAUUGGAAUUUUCAUACAGAACACUCAGCAUUAUUGUUAUUUGUUACAAAGUGUGGGCAAAGGGGUUUGGAUUUCAUGUUAGUGGAAUUAAAAAAGAUGAGAAAACCUA